GGUGGGGCGGGAUCCAUGUCCCGGGUCUCCCCUCCUGUUUGGAGUUUUUUUUCUCCCCUCCAGGAUCCUGAUACGUGGCUGUUUGGGAGAGCCGUGGUGACCGACAGUAACUCCGUGCUGCAGCUAGCGGCUCCCUGCCCUCAGCUGCUGGGAGUCUGGUGGAACUCAGCGGCGGAAGCCUUCCUUCAUCAAGCCGGCCUGGAUGGCAGGGACACACUGGUGCACAGACUGCCGAAACCACAAGCAUUACUGGUUGCAAGUGCUUUUUGGACCGUGGGACGGAUGAAAGGUGGAAGCUAUAGGAAGCCCGGCUGGGCUGUCACUGCUCUGUGUAUCCCAGUUGCCCUGCUGAUGCUGACCUCCCGGGAGGCAUCAAGCAGCCAGAAGAUGACACAAACAGCUAUGGCUCAUGCAACAGCCACAGCUGCAGGAUCAGGCCCCAGCCUGACAGAUGACCUCCCAGGCCUCCGGGCAGUAGCAGGCUUCUUAACCAGCGAAGAUGGUCAUGUUUGGCUCUUGUCCCUGGUGGGCUCUGUUGCUGUAGGCCUCAGUGGGAUUUUCCCCCUUCUUGUCAUUCCCAUUGAAGCUGGAGCAGCCCUCAAAACAGAAGCUGGAGGCCAGAAACUGAAGCAGCUCUUGAGCUUUGCUAUUGGUGGUCUCCUUGGUGAUGUAUUCCUUCACCUCCUUCCAGAGGCGUGGGCGCUCUCUGGCUCUUCAGCUGGUAAACAUAACCACUACACGACCCAGGGCCUGUGGGUUAUUGUUGGCCUGUUGGCCUUCCUCCUCCUGGAGAAGAUGUUCCCAGACCAAGACAGCCAGGAGGACUCCACUUCAGAUGCAGACCUGAAUUUUAACUCCGCUUCGCAGUCUAAUUCAGCUUUCAGUGGAAAGGCAGUGGCAUCACUCAGAAACGGGCACCAUGCUGAGUCAUGGAAAUCCUCCAAGCAACAGAGUCUGCAGGAAAGAUCAGAGAAAAUCAAGAUAAGUGGAUACCUAAACCUGCUGGCCAACUGCAUUGACAACUUCACCCACGGACUGGCAGUAGCAGGAAGUUUCUUGGUCAGCAAAAAGGUUGGGUUUCUAACCACCUUUGCCAUCCUGCUCCAUGAAAUCCCCCACGAGGUGGGAGACUUUGCCAUUUUGCUGAGGGCCGGGUUUGACCGGUGGAGCGCUGCCCGCAUGCAGCUGUCCACGGCGCUGGUCGGGGUGUUGGGAGCUUGCUUUGCGCUGUACGCUCAGUCUCCAAAAGGCACAGAACAUACCACUGCCUGGAUAUUGCCUUUCACCGCUGGAGGCUUCCUCUACAUAGCCUUGGUGAAUGUGAUGCCUGACCUGGUGGAGGAGUCCAGUUUAAGGCAGUCCCUUCUGCAGAUCCUGCUCAUUUUCUGUGGCGUGGCCGUCAUGGCUGUGCUCUCUGCCAUUGUUGACUGAACACGGAGUAAAACCCCCCUCUUGCCUUAUCAAACACUAAAACUCUGCAUUCUUUAUCUGCCCAUCAUAUCUGGUACCUUUCACACCUGGGGACUUUCCAUCAUGUUACACCAAAACAAAUAUCUGACAAAAGAUCGGCACUUUACGGAUGGAUGACUGAAAGGAAGACCUCUUGAUCUGCUGACAGGACAUUUGUGUGGACACUUAAAAAUGUGCCAGACUCAAACACCAAGGGAAUGAAGAGGGUUUGUAUGGAUACGUGUUACCAAAUUGUCUUAUAUUAUUGAUCAGACAAUCAUGUUGUUUUGCACAUACAUUUACAGAGGUACACCCUGAUGUACCAGCUCAACAGAACAGGUAUUAUUGGACCUCCUUCUUUAAAAUGUCUUCAACCCUGAAGUGUUUAAACAUUGUAUGUAUUGUUACUGUUUCUGAUGUAGCUGCUGCAUAUUUAUUGAAUAUUAGACAAGCAACAUACAGUUAUAUCAGACGUGCACCACCACCACUCCAUCAGUUUGUAUUGUUAAGAAAUAAGUGCCAAAAAGUCAGGGUGGUCUGUUACACUAGAGUCAGGUUUACACCAAAGUACAGUUUUUUUUCUGUUUUGUAUCUUCUCACACAGUACAGUCUGUAGCUUUGAGCUCUGCUUGAAUACACAGUCGUGAUUAAGUGGAAAUGAAUUAUAAAAAAAUUGGUACUAUUUGUAAAUACAAUGGAAACUGCUUUAAGUGAUUACACAUGUCUGGGUCAAAUUGAUCACCAUGAACGGAUGAUUAUUAUAAUAUUUUUUUUCCCUAUUUCUUUACUUCCAAUUCAGGUGAUUGACAUUUGUGUAUUUAUUAUGUUAAUAUAAAGUAAUGAAACAGACACCUUUCACCCUUUUGCCUGAAUUAUAUGGAGGGUUCAAAAAUACAGCUGUUUCAUUACGGGGGCAUUGUGUGACUGGGCAUUAUCGAGCCGCUUGAUUAGGGUGGAUUCAACUGCAGGUGUUUCACUGGUGUGCAUUUGUUUUCUGUCUCCAUCACAAGCAGCCUUGACUGUUCAUUGGUUGAGUAGACUGAGUGUUGCUGCUGCAUGUCGUUAUCUUGUUUUUGGCAGUUUGUCAUGACCUUUGAAGAGACUUUGUUUUUCUCAACGCAAUCCCCAGACAAAAUGUUGGCAUUGUACAUUUCAGCAAACCACUGAUAUGUUACAUUCCCAUGUUAUUAUGUAGGGGAUACGUUGAAACUUUUCCUUUAACAACACUAUGGUUAGCAUGUGGUUAGGUUUAGGCACAAACACCACUUGGUUAUGGUUAGGAAAAGAUCAUAUUUUGGCUUGAAAUACCCAGCUGGGGGAACAGUGUCCGCUGGAAAAGCAGCAUUGUCUCUGCAAGAAACUACCGCUUUUUGUGCCACAGCAAAUGCUAGGUGAAUAACAACCACUUGCACAGCGACAACUGCUUUCUGAGCCACUUUUCUUUGUCAGAAAACGCAGCAGUGUCUUGACAAAGAACAACUGUUUUUCAUGGUGCUAUCACCGCUGGAAAAACAGCAGCAGGCUGCAACUAAACACCCACGUUUGCUGCUGAAAAAGCUGCAGCAAUGACUCGCCAAAUCACAGUCGAUUUUGUUGUUUUGGGUCUCAAUUGGGACCAACGCUUGGCACUUGUCUCGCCGCCAGGUUGUGAGGCAUUUCGCCUCCGUGACACACCAUCCACUAUCCACCAUCCCUUCCAUGACAGCUCAUAUAGCUGCGUCACUUUAGAAUUGUUUACAUGACACAUAUGAACUUGCAUAUGUAAGUUAUUCAGGGUUUGCAGAAACGCACAAUGCGAGCAUAUUCUUCCGGUGACUGGGCUGAUUGUUCAUUGAGAGAUGUCAUGAUUUCAAUGAGCACAUUUUUGAUUCUUUUCCAUAUGUUGUCAUGUAUGAAAAGACUCCAAGUGAACACUGUAAGCACAGUAGAUGAUUACUAUAAGCAAAUUAUUUAAACAGCAUUUGUACAGGAAUUAUUCUGCCCCAAGCUUCUUGAUCCAUAUAAGCAUUUGAUCACUGUAACUGUGAUCACUAUAAGCAGUUUCCACUGUAUUCAGCUUUGAUUUAUACUUGUUGCCAAGAGUUUUGUGAGACUAGGGACUGAUAACUGUUAGAGAGCAGGAUUAUUCAGAGCAUUAUGUUUUUAUAAACCUUUUGUGAAAGUUUCCACCCUGAAGAAAUAAAGUGUACAUUUCAGACAUCUAUGUAAUAAAAAAAGACUGCUGUCUAUCACUUUAAUGACAAAACACAUGUUGGCAGACAGUAUGAGAGCAGCAACGCAGGUGUUCUAAUGAUCUCAGUGGGAUUAGGAUAUCCUAAUAUCGAUUGGUGGACCCGUGUUGAUGUGCUGAGGCAGCCCAGUGUGUUGUGACCUCGCUGAGCAUAUUUUUACUGCAAAGAUCCUAUGCCUAAAAAUGUCAUAUGAGAGGUGGAGGGAGGGGGGUAUUGAUUGUGUAUUCACACUUGUCCAAUUUCAACACAGUCUGUUUGGCAAGCUUCUGUUGCCAUAACGACUCCGCCGCGGGUUGCCUUCCUUAGUCAUCAGCCUGUGAGCAGCCUAUUGUCUGUGGGAGCCUUCCUCAGUCAUAGCACAGAAGGACAACAAACAGCCACUAUGUACACUGUAGUGCAAAUGAUUGAGUGACAAAUCUUUCAUUGAUACUCUGCUCAAAUCCCAUAACUUAAUGGUUCAGUCCAAGUGCGUCUGAAUGAGGAUAUCUAACCGAAUUUGCUCAGUUGUUUUGUGGUUCUGCUCCCAAAAUCCUGAAUUGGUCUGUCAGCUUUUUAUUUAAUUUCUGUGUUGAAGUCAGCAUCAUAGCAGGAUGUCAUACACUCAAGCUGUGAACGCAUCCAACAUGACUCUAUGAGUUAUACACACAUGAAAACAAUCAGACAUCCAUAUCUGUGUUUCAUGUUGUAAUAUGCUCCCGUGCCACCAGUAAUCAGCUCCAAUAAGCUCUGUAACAGAUGGUCCAUCAUUUACAUGCACUAUUUCUAGCAAUAAGGGAUCAAAGGUGCAUUUGUGUGGAAAAAUUGUAGGCGUUUAAUCCAAUUCAAACAGUUUUAUUGACAUGAUAAAAUACAGUAUUAAAAGAAAUUAUAGUAGAAGAAAAUAAAGAGUUACUGUAGUAAUGAAGGCUAUUUAUGUAUGUGCAGAGCACUUCCAGGAAAACAGUUAAUAUACAAAAAUAACUUUAAAUGCUUUGCUGAAUCACCAUAUUUCUUUAGUAAACUUUAAACUAUUGAUUGAAUCCAGCAUCAACUAAACCUGGUCAGAUCUUAUAAGUCACUGUUGUAUUCAAAUCUAUUUUUUGCUGGUUUGAUGCUCCUCGUAUUUCUUUAUCACUCUCCUCUUUUAGCUUUAUUUUUGUAUUUGUCAUGUUUUCCCAGUGUACACAAUGUCCCCAUACAAAUGAGGGUGCACUGCUCUCGUUGGACUUUCCUUUAUUAAGAAAGGUCAUUUGAAGGAAGACGUAGGGAAAACCAUAGAGGUUAAUAUGCUUAUAUAAAUUUAUAUGCUUAUCCGUCACUUAGAGUGUAGGUUUGCAUUUUUAAGACAUAUAUUUAAAGGUCCAGUGUGUACGAUUUAGGGAGAUUUAGUGGCAUCUAGUGGUGAGGAUUGCAGAUUGCAACCAGCUGAAACUUCUCCUGGUUAGAUUUUCUUAAGUGUUCACUGUUCAGGAGGUUUUAACCGGGAGCAGAAUUAUCUGCAGAGGUCUCUUCCACUUUAAAACACACAUAUCUGGUGAUUUAAACCAAU